AUAUAUUGAUCACAAUCAGCUGACUGACUCAAUCCCUACUGCAAUUGGCAUGCUUAUAAACCUAAAAGGCCUACAUCUUAAUAACAAUCAGCUCACUGGCUCAAUCCCCGCUACAAUCAGCAUUCUUACAAAUCUAGAAGGCCUAGGUCUUUCUAGCAAUCAACUCACUGGUGCGAUUCCCACUGCAAUAGGCAAUCUUGUAAAGCUAAAAUACCU